CCAGUGGAAAAUCAUAGCGUUUGGAGACUUUUUUACUUCAUAUCAUUUCUUCUCCUUGUGGCCUUUUUCGUUCUCAACAUGUUUGUUGGGGUGGUAGUUGAGAACUUUCACAGAUGUCGUGAACAGCAAGAGAAGGAAGAGAAAGCGAGAAGAGCCGCUAAAAGAGCUAAAAAACUCGAAAAGAAACGAAAGAAAUUAAUGGAACCACCCUAUUAUAUCAAUUAUUCCAAACCAAGAUUAUUUACAAAAUUAAUUUUGAAAUUGUUAAAAAUGGCCAAAGGCAUUAGAGCUUUAUUGGAUACCGUAAUGCAAGCCUUACCCCAAGUUGGAAAUCUGGGUCUGCUUUUCUUUCUCCUGUUUUUUAUUUUCGCUGCUCUUGGAGUUGAAUUGUUUGGUCGCUUAGAAUGUACAGAAGAGUUUCCUUGUGAGGGUCUCGGAGAACAUGCCCAUUUCAGAAACUUUGGUAUGGCAUUUCUCACCUUAUUUCGAGUCGCCACCGGCGACAACUGGAACGGAAUAAUGAAAGAUACUCUCCGAGAAUCGUGUGAUUCUUCGAGCGAUUGUGUUCGUAAUUGUUGUGUGUCUGCUUUCAUUGCACCGUUGUACUUCGUCGUGUUCGUGUUAAUGGCACAAUUUGUUUUGGUGAAUGUAGUUGUGGCAGUAUUGAUGAAGCAUUUGGAAGAAUCGCACAAACAUAUGGAAGACGAUUUAGAGAUGGAUGCGGAAAUUGAACAAGAGCUGGCAGCCGAACAAGAACAGAAACUCCGAGAAGUUGCUGCUGCCGAGAGUUUGUUGGAAGUGAUGGACCGCGAGGAAACGAACAUAAAUCAAAGGUUACACAAACCAAUAGUCAAGAUGGCCUCACUUCCAGCAAACUUCACGUUUACGUUCAACAACGGCUGGGAUAAUGAAAAGGAUUAUG